AUGGUCGAGUCAGCUGAUGACGCGGCUCCCCACCUGGAGCUCGCUGCUGUUGAGGAGGAGGGCAGCAGCAGCCAGUUGAACAGACAAGGCAACGCGGAAAAUGAUCCCAUAGCGUCCGACUUCGUCCUCAUCACGCGCAACAAAAAGAGCUUCCUAUCGCCCGUGGUUCUUGCUGCAGCCGCAGCCCUCGCGUGCACUGAGGAAGGAACUUUUGGGUUUACAGGAGAGGAAGUGGGAGCCGCUGCUGCCCCUAGCCCAGUGCCACCUCCCGUGGGGGAGGAGCAGCACGACGAGGAGAAGCUGCCAGAGUCUCUGCCUCCUUCGGGGGAAGAGGAAGAGGGACAAUCAGGCGAUGAUGGUAUUGAUGCAGAAGAAGAAGAGGACGAGUACAUGGACAUGCAAAGUGCACUAGGCUCGCCAACCCUCGUACGUCAGGUGACUGAAUCAUGA